AACGCCUCUGACGGGCUGCUAAUCUACCGCUUUGAUCCACAGCGAAGAAGAAGUUCCCGAUGCAACAGCUAGGCAUCAACAUGCCUGCUGCUGUGAUUAUGGAGGAAAAUUAUGAUAAAGUAUUGGAGCAGUGUGAAGCUCAGGAGCUGGAGGCUCCAGGGGGCAUUGCAACACCUCAAGUGUACGCUCAGCUGCUGUCGCUCUAUUUACUGCAUAAUGACAUGAAUAAUGGCAGGUAUCUCUGGAAACGGAUUCCCCAAGCAAUAAAAUCGGCAAACCCUGAAUUAACAUCUAUUUGGGCUGUUGGCCAACGCAUUUGGCAACGGGACUUUCCAGGGGUCUACACAACAAUCGCAGCCUUCCAGUGGACAGAGAACAUCCUUCCAGUCAUGGAGGCACUUCGAGAGAGCACGCGGCAGAGGGCCUACAGUCUGGUGGCUCAGGCCUACACCUCCUUGGCGGCAGACGACUUCGCUGCCUUCGUGGGAUACUCUGUGGAAGAGGCAGUAAAGGGGGUGGUGAGUCAGGGCUGGCAGGCCGACCCUGCUACCAGGAUGGUGAUGCCCAAAAAGCCCGAUCCUCCCCCCGUCUCAUUGGUUCCAAAUGAGCAGCAGUUGGCCAGACUCACUGACUACGUGGCUUUCCUCGAGAACUGAUAACCCACCAACACCACGGCCACCCUUUUUCGCUCGCCCGGUACAGAGGGGGAUAUAUGUUUGUAAAGACUCUUCUUUCAGGGAUGUACCAAAAACACACACCACCAUCUCGCAUGAGCGCUGCAAGCUCCAAAAUGCCUAUUUAUGUCACUCACUAGCUUCCCCUGAUGAUGUUACCAAAUCUUUCAGACACAAUGUUGUAUUAUAUUCUUCUUUCUUUGGCGCUGUGAAACUCAGCUGAUACAUGAAUAUAAAAGAGAAACAUGUUUGUCAUCACUGUCAGUAUGUUUUAUUGCUAAGACAACACACAAUAGAAACCGUACUGUACAGGUGGUCUUAAAAGAAUCCCCCUUACACGUGUUGCCAGGUGACAGAAGGCUCUGCAGACGCACAUCAGUGUGAGGAUUUCAGUCCUCAGACCUCAUAUUUUGAACUUCAUGUUUUGACUGGCGAAUAAAUAUUAUUUUGUUUCUA